AGAGAAAGAGAAAGUAACUACUUGUAAUAUGUAUUUGUUGAACACAAGUUCAAUCUUGAAUGUCUUCCCUUCUUGAUUUAGCAGCAAUGACAACUAUUUAUUUUAAAACGGAAAGAGUAUUUAUUUUAUUUAUUAUUUUUAUAUUAAUUUCAAAAUUCAUACAUUUUUCAGUCAAAUUUCCCUCCAUGGGAUGGGAGGCACACUAGCGUUCAUCCCGCGGAUCUGAACGGCUCAUUUGUUCGGCGAUCAUGGGUCGUGGGGGCUUUUCCAGCGGUGGCAAAGGAAGAGGAGGAGGAUCUCGUCCUGCCUGCCGUUCAAAGGCAUCUCGCGAUGCAGAAGGGAAGGGCAAAGGAGUGGAUUCAACCCUAAUAACGUCACCACACUUUGGAUUUAUUCCCCUGAUCCGUCUUUCCUUUUGUGGGCUAAGGAAAGUCUUCGUUGAUGCUCCCGGAUAUCUAACAUUUUGUUCACAAAGAAAAAUAUUGAUGGCUAUUAGCUUGAAUGGAAGAAGUCUUGAUUGGGUAGAAGAACACAAAGGCAAAAGGCAAGAGGAAGGUAUGAUAGUUCGCAAGCCAACAACAUGUUCCCCAACAGAAAGACAAAUGAGCUCUUGGCUUCACCAACUUGACCCAUUGACCAUUUGUGAAGAUUAAAAGAAAGAAAGAAUCACAUAGAAAUCAGCUGUUAGGGUGACCGAAUGUGAUUAUCUUUUUGGUUCAUGUAUCCGACCCCAAGUUACUUCGGAUGAAAUUUUUUGUUUAAUCGUUUUAAAGUACCUCUGUCCCAUUGUUUUUGGGACAUGAGUAUGUGAUGCACAGUAUUAGAAGUUAAGAAUUAUGAAUUUGAUAUUGAAGCUAAUAACUAAGAAAAAUAAGAAAGAGUAUGAGUCACAUAAAUGUUUCUUAAUAUAGUGAAGUGCAAAGAUAGUAAGAUGAAAAGAUUUAGGCAAGUAUUGGUGAAAAAUGAAAGUAGUCGCAUGAAGGGAGUAGUAUUUAAUUUCUUACUUUUCCAGUUAGCUUUUCAGCUUUACAAAACGAGGAAGAAGCACAAAGUAUUAGUGUUUGUCUUAUNUAGGAAUAAAUUAGUACUCCGCCGGCUACUUGGUAAUGAAAGUAAGAGUGGAUGGUCCUUGGUGCAAUAUCUGUAGAGGGUGCAAAUGGAAAAUAUAUUGGGAGCUGGGGUAUAUAUUUUCGUCUUCUUGUUCAUCCUCUCUUCCCAUGCCAUAGUAGUCUCCUCUCUCCCUCUGUACCCGAUUAACCUUAUUGCCUUCUCUCCAGUGAAAUAAAAAAAAUGAAGAAUUGGUUCAGGUUUGGCGCGAUAAGGAAGAGGAUGGGAGAGUGGGCGAAAGAGGGUGGUGGUAAAAACAAAAACAUUGCCCAAAAGAUAUGGGACGUUCUCUUCAAAGCCGGCCUAAUAGCGGAAUUGCUAAAGGGGCUGCUCAAAUGAGCGGUGCGGUGGCUGCAAUGAGGAAACAUGGCCCGAAGAAAACUCUGGAGAGCAU